AUCAUCACGGGCGAGGGCAGCCGGUCCUUUGGGUGCACGUCCCUGGCCGAGCGCGACCGCUGGAUUGAGAACCUGCGCCGGACCGUGCGGCCCAACAAGGUCUGCGAGGAGACCUUCCAGCGCAUCGCCACGUCCUGCGACGCCUUCCCUGCAGAGUUGGGCGAGAUCUUCGCGGCGUGGCAGGAGGAGUGCGCAGCGCGGGGCAAGGCACCCAUUGGGCAGCGCCUGGUCUCGGCCUCCCUCUUCCUACGGUUCCUCUGCCCUGCCAUCAUGUCCCCCAGCCUCUUCGGCCUCGUCCAGGAGUACCCGAGCGAAGCCACCGCCCGUACCCUCACCCUCGUGGCCAAGGUCAUCCAGAACUUGGCCAACUUCACCACGUUUGGCGAGAAGGAGGCCUACAUGGGCUUCAUGAACGAGUUCUUGGAGCACAACUGGAGCACCAUGACAGCCUUCCUGCAGAGCGUGGCCAACCCCGAGAGCAGCGUCCACAUGGCCACCUACGAUGGCUACGUGGAUCUGGCCCUGGAGCUCGCUACUCUCCACCUCCUGCUCUGUGACAUCUUCUCCAGCCUGGAUCAGGCCACACAGGAGGAGCUGGAACCCCUGCCCACCAUCCUCACCGCCAUCAGGGAGGGGACCCCUGUCCCCGUCUCUGUCCGGCUCAGCUCCACCACGGAGCAAAGCCCGGCAGAGAGCUUCAAACCAGGCUUUGUGCCACCACGGGACCUGAGCAAGCACAGCCCCCUCAUCAAGA